GGGGUUUUUGGACAUUUCAAAUUCUCAAAAGGACAGCAAAAAAGGAGGGGGUCAGAGAAAAUUUCAAAGAAGACUCCAUCAACGCUGGUUUUGGAGGGAGGGAGUAGCUCUACCUGCGAACUGCCACUGCCUUUUCCGCCAUGUGAGAAACCUUUCAUUUCCUUUUAAAUCUCUCUCUUCUUCUUCCUUCGUCUCGGUUCUGCAAAAUGUCGUCGUCAACCAGCAUUUCUAGGUCCCAACGAUCCUCUAACAUCUCGCCAUUCCGCUCGCGGAAGUCUCCGGCGGCUUCGCCGGCGCCCAGACCGACCGGACGCCCUACCACUCCGUCCUCCAGUGCCUCCUCGAGGCCUCCGUCGAAGCUUUCGGUUUCUCCGGUGACAUCUGCUAGCCGUACACCGAGCCCUCCCACUCCCACUAUUGACCUCCCCGAUGUUAUCAAGGCCAAAGAAAAUGUGACGGUCACGGUUAGGUUCAGGCCUUUAAGUGUCAGAGAGCUCAAUAAAGGGGAUGAGAUAGCUUGGUAUGCUGACGGGGAAUACACAGUGAAGAACGAAUAUAAUUCAUCCGUUGCUUAUGGGUUUGAUAGAGUUUUUGGUCCAGCUACAACGACACGUCAUGUAUACGAUGUCGCUGCUCACCAUGUUGUUGCCGGUGCGAUGAACGGAAUUAACGGUACUGUUUUUGCAUAUGGUGUUACUAGUAGUGGGAAGACUCAUACCAUGCAUGGAGAACAAAAGUCACCUGGAGUUAUCCCACUGGCAGUAAAGGAUGUAUUUGGGAUUAUACAAGAGACACCCGAGCGGCAAUUUCUUCUUCGUGUUUCAUAUCUAGAGAUCUAUAACGAGGUCAUCAAUGAUUUACUUGAUCCAACAGGUCAGAACCUACGAGUACGAGAGGAUUCUCAGGGAACUUAUGUUGAGGGCAUCAAAGAAGAAGUUGUUUUGUCCCCCGCUCAUGCUCUUUCCUUGAUAGCAUCUGGAGAAGAGCAUCGGCAUGUGGGAUCUAAUAACUUCAAUCUACUUAGCAGCCGGAGUCACACUAUAUUCACUUUGACCGUUGAAAGUAGUCCACAUGGGGAGCAUCAUGGUGAAGAAGAUGUAAUAUUGUCUCAAUUGCACUUAAUUGAUCUUGCAGGAUCUGAAAGUUCAAAAACAGAAACAACUGGUCUGCGGAGGAAAGAGGGUUCGUACAUCAACAAGAGCUUACUUACUCUGGGCACUGUGAUUUCCAAGUUAACUGAUGAAAAGGCAACUCACAUUCCAUAUCGAGAUUCAAAACUUACUCGGUUGCUGCAGUCAUCUCUAAGCGGCCAUGGAAGGAUUUCUCUCAUUUGCACUGUGACCCCUGCCUCUAGCAAUAGCGAGGAGACACACAACACCUUAAAGUUUGCGCAUCGAAGCAAGCGUGUUGAAAUAAAAGCUUCUCAAAAUAAGAUCAUAGAUGAAAAAUCUCUCAUUAAAAAGUAUCAGAAGGAAAUUUCCAGUUUAAAGCAGGAGCUUCAGCUACUAAAGCGUGGCAUAAUGGAGAACCCUAGUACAACAUUGUCUACACAAGAAGAUUUGGUCAAUUUGAAGCUUCAGCUGGAAGCUGAUCAGGUUAAAUUACAAUCGAGAUUGGAAGAAGAGGAAGAAGCAAAAGCUGCUUUGAUGGGAAGAAUUCAAAGGUUGACAAAACUAAUCCUAGUUUCUACUAAAAAUGCCUUGCCAUCUAGUGUUGCUGAAAAGCCAGGGCAAAGAAGGAGGCAUUCUUUUGGUGAAGAUGAGCUGGCAUAUUUGCCUGAUAGGAAACGAGACUACCUGAAUGAUGAUGAUGGUGGGAGUUGUGCUUCCGGGGUUUCAUUAGAUGGAAGGGAUGAUGUUUUAAAUCUAGAUGAUUUGGUCAAAGAUAUAAAAAUUAACAAAAAACGUGGAAUGCUUGGCUGGUUCAAACUCAGAAAGCCCGAGAAAACUAUUGAUACUGAGAGUUCAACUGGUGAAUCACCUGCAUCUCGUUCAAAAGUUUCUCAAAAUCGGAUGAUACCUGAUGAAUUGAAGAAUGGGAGGAAAUCAAUUUGCAGAAAGGGAGAUAAUUCUUCUAUUAUUUACUCAUCUCAAGAGAGAACCCAAGCAGGUGACUUAUUUGGUGCAACUAUGGAUGGUCACCGUCUGCCUCCGAGUGGAACUACUCUUACUGACCAGAUGGAUCUUCUCUGUGAGCAAGUCAAAAUGCUGGCUGGGGAGGUUGCCUUGUGUACUAGUUCACUGAAGAGACUGUCAGAGCAAGCAGCCAGGAACCCUGAAGAUUCCCAGAUUAAGGCACACGUGCAGAAGUUGAAGGAUGAAAUUAGUGAAAAGAAGCGUCAAAUACAUGUUUUGGAGCAACGUAUGGUUGGAUCAGUUGAAUUGUCUCCACAGAUGUCAAGUGGCAUUGAAUUGAGUCAGGCUUUAUCAAAGCUCACUACGCAACUCAAUGAAAAGAUUUUUGAACUUGAGAUUAAAUCGGCAGACAAUAGGAUACUUCAGGAGCAACUGCAAGUGAAGACAGCAGAAAAUGCAGAGUUGCAAGACACUAUUCUUUUGCUAAGGCAGCAACAAGAGUCGUCAUCCCAGAAACACUUGAGAAAUUAUAGCAAAAAUGAAGACGAAAAUGCUUCUCGGAAUCUUGCACAUCCAAACUACUCUAUACGGACAAAGAUCGUAGAACAGAAUAAAUUAAGUUCAUGGGAGGAUAAAUAUCCUGAAGAAAACACCCCGAAAAGUGUCAUGAGCUUGAAUAGAGUUUUUACCCAGGACGACACUAAAGAUUGCAACAGUGACAAUUUUUGUCAUUCUCAAGUUAUGCAGGCUGCGAUAGAAAAUUUGAAGCAAGAGAAUGUGAGACUGGUUGAAGAAAAGGAUGGCCUUGAGAUUCAGAGUCGUAAACUUGCAGAAGAAGCUUCAUACGCGAAGGAGUUAGCUUCAGCUGCCGCAGUUGAGCUCCAAAACUUAGCUGAAGAAGUUACCAAACUCUCUUAUGAAAAUGCCAAACUUGUUGGUGACCUUGCAAAUGCUAAGGAUAGUUACUGCAGAUCCUGCUGUGCUCAAAAGUCCUAUGAUUCAAAGCACCAUCUUGGUAAUGCUAGAUAUCAAAGAGAAGCUGCUCUCGAAAAGGCACUAUUUGACAGAGAUCAAAGAGAAGCUGAGCUAUAUCGAAGACUCGAAGAGGCAAAGCGCCAUGAAGAAGAUAUAGAAAACGAACUAGCAAAUAUGUGGGUGCUAUUUGCUAAAAUGAGGAAGUCUGAACUUAAUAUUGAGGACAUGUCAUUUGAGGGAGUUCGUCCAUCCUUUAUUUUACAAAACCGCGCUAAAAAUGGAUGUAUGCCAUCUAAUAUUCCCUCUGAUAGAUUGUCUGAAGAAGAUGCUAGAUGCAUAGAUGAAAUGAGAGCUGGAUAUCAGAAAGAGAGGAUCAGAUGUAGAGAUCUCCAAAGCUUUGGUUCCCAAAUGAAGGUAUGAUUCUCAUUCAAACAAGAUCUUUGAUAUUGUAUGAUGCAUUUUUACAUGUGAAAAAUGGUAAAAAGUAAUCUUCUUAUAAGCUUUCACAUAAGUUGGGACUGAAUGAAUAUUUAGUCUGUAUUAUCAAAUGAUUCAAAUCUCUUCAUUCUUCGUGGUUCUACAAAUGUGGUCUGAAUCUGACUGAUAGAACUUUUACAAAUGUGGAUAUGCUGUGUGCCUUGACAAUGGCCUCCUUUUUAAGAAUUAGAAAUUAAAACA